AUGGCCUUCCACGGACGCAAGCACGGGGUGCCCGCCGCCGAAUGGGAUCUCGUGGAUGGCAUUUUCCUACGCAACAUCCCAGCGAAGUGUGAUGAAGGGAUUCUCCGCACUUUUUUCGAGUCUAAAGGGCUGGUCGAUUUUGAGAUGGAGAUGGCACGCUUUCCGAAUGGCAAGUCGCGUGGAUUUGCUACGAUCCUCUGUCGUGCGAAGUCUGGCAUAAAGGACUUCGUCCUGAACGUGCACGGCCAGUUUGUUCCAGGCUUUCACAAGCCAACAGCGCUAAGGUGCGAACCGCUGAGAAGCCAAGAUAAACAAGGGCAGCAAGGACGAUACCACAACGCUUGGACAAAUCGUUAUGGCGUGGACGGCGUGGCAGACAUGGAACUGAGGAGCAGUGAGUCCCGGAAUGCGAAGGCCACCGGAGCAAGAGCUUCGAGUUUGGUUGCGCGCAGCGGCGCAGCCAGGGCGAUGGUCGUGCCAGAAUCGAUUCCGGUGGAAGUUAGCUACAGCGGUUGCAUCGAGGCUGGUUACAGCGGCGAGCGUAGCCCCAUUCGGAGCAUGCCACCUAUCGGCGUGGUGCAACAUGCGGAUGGCACGAUAAGUUUCCGGCUAUAG